GGGAUUCUUUCAACUCGAAAUCUUCCACAAUCUCGUUUGGGGUUCUUUCAACUCGAAAUCUUCCACAAUCUCGUUUCGACGGUCUCAUACAAGGGACUCGAAAACAUCUUCCAAUACUAAUUUGUGGAGUACCUUUCAAUGGACUGCUGAAAGAAAAGAGUGGGCUUCGUACAGCAACAAUUCCCGAGGUGAAAUCGAAUGGAGGUUCGAACACGAUAUACUAACAUCUUCUGCCAAUACAGAUAUUCCGAGACUCGACAAUAACAUGCUGCUCGAAGGUGAAUCGGAAAAUACAUUGAAUUACUAAAAAACAAUAUCUAUCCUAGAGAAAGUGACGAUAUUGACACUGACGAAUCCACCGGCACCUGCUACCCUAACUUCAUUCGUCGAUGCAGACCCCAAAUUGUAGCCAAACUCGGAGACCACAGCACAUCUCUGGAGCACAAGAACUCCAAUCCAAGUGCUUGCAAUAUUAACAACAUAUCUAUCUACUAAACUAUGAUGGAUUAUAAAGUGCGCCGUGAUAGGGACUUCAAAUUUGGAACAGUCUUCAAAGCUCUUUGAUCUGAACCAAUUGAAGAUAAGAAUGGAUGAGGAAGUACAAUAUCAUAUAGACAGAAGCAUGGAGAACCGAUAUAUGCGAAAGUUCGAAAGUUUGUUGUUAUAGAUAGUCGAUGGGAUCACUGUCUUUGUUGCUAAUGAUUACCCAUAAAGGACGAGCGACAAGCAAGCCUGGUGUGCGUAUUGCAGAUCAUGCGAAUAUCUACACGACGGAGCCAAAACUCAUUCCAAACGAGAACGGUAGCGAAAUAGUAUUUCAGCCAAUCAGAAUGAUACCAUACUCAGCAAGACAUCAUUUCGAUUCGUCGUCGAGAAUAAAUUAUGUGAAAGUUUAUACUUUGGAGUACAACUUUGAGGUCUGGUUUAUUCAUGAAAUUCAUGAAUGCAGUGUGCAUGCAUUAAAGAGUUCCUACAGCUAUGCCCCUACGCCAUCUUUGAGCCGACCAACUCAAAUAACUAACUCAAGCUCAUAUCCAACAAAAAACUCCAGGAAUAGCAAUUCUUUAGACGUCCCUGGCCGGUCCACCUCAUCGUACUAACCUACAACGUCAGGCUAUAGAACUCACAUGCCUCC